UUAAUGCUCACACCAUGCCAAUGCCAUCCUCUAACGGUACUCAUUUGAAACCUGGAGCUGCCGCUUCUAUUCAGGAAGAGAAAACAAGCAUAAUAGGCCUCAUUAAAAAUUUAUUCGAAGCCACUCGGGCUUUACAACCCGCUGGGCAAGUGUGGAGCUUGGGAGUUGCAAGCCUCCGGGAAACGGUUACAUUGUUGGCCUUUCUCUGCAUGGACUCGUUGGUAGUUCUGAGGUGUGCGUGUGCUUUUUUUGCCGGCUAGGCACAAUGGAGAGGCAUUGCUUUGGAAUUACCUGAUGGGACGCUCGUGAUGUUAUGACGAAAGUGAACUGAAGGGAAAGGGGUUACUAAGAUGUACUCCAUCCGCAGCCUCCCCACCAUGCGGUACAGGGAGCAGGCUGAGGAGGAUGGGAUCGAAGAUAUGACCCAACUAGAAGAACUACAUGAAGGGGCCGUUUUGAUAAAUUUGAAGAAGAGGUUUGAACGUGAAUUGAUUUACACGUACAUUGGAAGUAUACUAGUGUCUGUGAAUCCCUACAAGAUGCUUAACAUUUAUGGGACCGACAUGGUGCUGCAACACAAAGGACAUGCUUUGGGGUCAAAUCCCCCGCAUCUUUUUGCUAUUGCAAAUGUCUCUUACACAAAAAUGAUGGAUGCCAAACAGAACCAGUGCAUUAUCAUAAGUGGGGAAAGUGGUGCUGGAAAAACUGAGGCCACCAAGCUGGUUCUGCGUUAUUUAGCUGCGAUACACCACAAGCGCAACAUCACUCAGCAGAUUCUUGAAGCAGCUCCUUUGUUAGAAUCAUUUGGAAAUGCCAAAACUGUGAGAAACGACAACUCAAGUCGCUUUGGAAAGUUUGUGGAGAUCUUCAUGGAGGAGGGUAUAAUCAGUGGUGCCAUAACCUCACAGUAUCUCCUUGAGAAGUCCAGGAUUGUGUUUCAGGCCAAAGAUGAACGAAACUAUCACAUUUUUUAUGAGAUGCUGGCAGGCCUCCCCUCACAACAAAGACGGACCUUCUACCUCCAAGAGGCAGAAACAUACUAUUAUCUCAACCAGGGAGGAGACUGUGAGAUCCAGGGGAAGAGUGACGGAGAGGACUUCCGCAGGCUCAUCAGCGCCAUGGAGAUACUACACUUCAGUGUCGAAGACCAGGGCAACAUCUUCAGGGUCCUAUCCUCCAUUCUGCACCUGGGAAACGUAUUCUUUGAGAGAUAUGAGACUGACUCUCAGGAAGUUGCGUCGGUGGUGAGCGCUCAGGAGAUACGUGUGGUGGCUGAACUUCUUCAGAUCUCUCCCGAGGGCCUGCAGAAGUCCAUCACCUUUAAAGUCACGGAAACAAUGAGGGAGAAGAUCUAUACCCCUGUGACGGUUGAAAGUGCAGUUGAUGCCAGAGAUGCCAUUGCCAAGAUCUUGUACUCCCUUCUGUUCAACUGGCUGACAGACCGUAUCAACAAGUUGGUUCACCCACGAAAUGACGCAUUGUCUAUCUCCAUACUUGACAUCUAUGGAUUUGAGGACCUUAACUUCAACAGCUUUGAGCAGCUUUGCAUAAAUUAUGCAAACGAAUACCUUCAAUUCUUUUUCAACAGGAUAGUGUUCAGAGAAGAACAAGAGGAAUACAGCAGAGAGCAAAUUAACUGGCAGGAGGUUCCUUUCAGCAACAACCAGGACUGCAUUGACAUCAUAGCAGCAAAACCCCAUGGGAUUCUCAGAAUCCUUGAUGACCAGAGCGGUUUUCCUCAGGCAACAGACCACACAUUCCUUCAAAAAUGUCACUAUCACCAUGGCAACAAUCCCUUGUAUGUAAAGCCAAAAAUGCCUCUUCCUGAGUUCACCAUCAAACACUAUGCUGGAAAAGUUACUUACCAGGUCCACAAGUUUUUAGACAAAAACUUUGACCAGGUGCGUCAGGAGGUGCUCGACCUUUUCAUUCAGAGUAAAAACAAGAUGGUGUCUAAUCUGUUUGUGAGCUACGCCGAGAUCCUUGGGCAGCAGAGGACACAUGUGAGGAAGAACAGCACGGUGACUCGGCGCUACCAGGCCUCAACAGUCGCUGCCAAGUUUCAGCUCUCCCUUAUGGAGCUCAUAGAGAAGAUCGAGAGAUGUAACCCCUUUUUUGUUCGUUGUAUCAAGCCAAACCAUAACAAGGAUCCUGGCGUCUUUGACGUGGAGCUGGUGAGCACUCAGCUGCGCUAUUCUGGGAUCCUGGAGACCAUCCGCAUCAGGAGGGAGGGGUAUCCGAUUAGAGUGCCUUUUGAUGUCUUCCUUUUCAGGUAUAAAUCCCUUCUGGGCAUGAAGCAGCCUCCCCCUGCCAAUGGUGAGAACUGUGUUAUGAUGCUGAGGAAGCUGUGUCCCGUGAGACCAGGGGCCUUCCAAGUAGGAGUCACCAAGCUUUUCCUGAAGGAGGAGGUGUACCAGCUUCUGGAGAGUAAGCGGGAUCGGGUUCGGCACGUGGCUGCCCUCACGCUGCAGCGCUACACACGCAUGUACUUUGUGCGCAAGCGCUACUUUGCUUUCCGCGUGAAGAUCAUCAGGCUGCAGGCCCACUGUAGAGGACUCCUUGCAAGAAAACAGUAUGUGAAAAUGAGGAUUAGCCUGAUCAGGUUUCGGUCAAUUAUCCAUAUGUAUGUCAAUCGGAAGAGGUUCAUCAAGCUCAAUCUGGCAGCAAAGAGGAAGGAAGAGGCGGAGAGGAUCAGAAGGGAGAUGGAGCUAUCGAGGCGCGAGGUUGUCAACGUCACACAUCUGCCCAUUCCAGCUGAGCUGGCAGGACUCCUCAAUUCAGCAGCAGGAGGAAGAGAGCUGCACUCGGAUUGUCUGGCUCUGGUCCAGGCUCCAACUGUAGAAGUGGUGUCCCAACUCACCCUGCCCCUCGACAUCAAUAAUUACUCCAUGACUAAAUGCAUUCAGCUUUAUUUCAAAGCACCCAAGUUUGGAAUGUUGACAGCACCUUUGGACAUGCCACUGACGCAUGUGGAUGAGGAUCUGAAGCAUGAGGCUCUUAAUAUUUUCGUCAUGGUUUUAAGGUUCAUGGGUGACCCCCAUUUAAACGGUGCUCAGGAGAACCUGUUUGGGAACUACAUCAUUCAGAAGGGGCUCACAUAUCCCAGUCUGAGGGAUGAAACCUUGUGUCAAAUUGCCAACCAGGUGUGGAGGAACAGCAAUCCCGAUAACGCAGAGAGAGGCUGGCUGCUGCUGCUAGCCUGCCUGAGCGUUUUUUCCCCCUCUGCGAAAAUGGAGAAGUAUCUCCUCAAGUUCGUCUCAGACUAUGCUAUGGAGGGCUUUAAUGCUAUUUGCCAACAUAGGCUCAUACAAGCCAUGCAGAAGUCUCUCUAUGGUCCAGAAACUGCCAGGACCUAUCCUCUAUGCUUACUAGAGUGGACAGCCAAUAGGAAAAAAGCCAACAUGGUGUUGCAAGUGCACUGCUUUGAUGGGACAUCCUUCCUGUGUCCUGUUCAUUCCUGGACCAGUGGGGAGGACCUGGCAGGGGACGUCCUUCAGCACAGGGGUAUGAUGGAGGGCUGGAGGGGCAGUUCCGUCUUCAUGAAGGAGCACGGCCAGUGGGCUGAGCUUGCCGGCCACGACUACGUGAUGGACCUGAUCGCCGACCUGGAGUUGAUCCGGGACUUCCCCAAGCAGAAGUCCUACUUCGUCAUCUCUGCCGACAGCCCUAACAGGACGAGGGCCAACGCCAGCCUUGCCCUGUUUGGAAGUGGGUUCGACUCAGAUGAUGAAAGUCCUCUUGCCAUGACUCGCCAUGCAAUGCCCAGCAUCCCAGACUCAGAUGGAUACUACAGUCAUGUCGAGUCGGACACGUUUAGUGAGCCUCCCACCCAGAGAGGUAUGGACAGGUAUCUGGACAGCCUGUUUGAUCCGGUGCUUUCCGAUGGAAGUGGGGACCUGGAGAGGGCCGCCAGCAUGUCUAGCCGUAUGAUGGGAACAGGGGGACUCGGGACAGGGGAGGGCGAGGAGGACAAGUCCCCAUCGGGCAGGCCCUAUCCUCCAGGACUGCAACCCGGAGCGGUACCCGUUCUCCCCAUCAUGGGCGGAAUGAUGCCACCAAUCCCCAUGCCAGCCAUGCACUCUAUGCCCGCCUCUGCUACUCCCUCUGUGCCAGCUGCCCCCUCUAUGCCAGCUAUGCCCGCUAUGCCAGCUUUAAACGCUAUGCCAGCUCUGCCUAAUGUGCCAGCGAUACCUAAUGUGCCAGGUAUGGAUGAGGUGCCAGGAGUUGACCAGUCAGUUGUGACACAGCAACAGCAAGCUAUUAUCAACCAACAAGCAAUCAUAUUAGCCCAGCAGAUGACCAUGCAGGCCAUGGCCCUGCACCAGCAUAUGUACAGCUCACUGGGGGGCUCAACAUCGGCCCCCACUGUGACCCCACAGCACAUGCCUGCAAACCUGAACUACACACCUCCCACCAGGACGCCCAACCCGACUAAGCCGGAACGAGGAGAGGUUCUCUAUAAGCCAACUCCUCCUGUGCUGCUUGCUAACAGGGAGAGAUCUGCACAACGAAAUGCAAGCCCAACAAAGCCUGCGCCCCGGGAUGACGUGGUUCGGGCCUCAAUCUCCAACUCUGAGCACUUGGAGCCCAGCCACAACAUCAAGGACAUCAUCAAACAGUACCAGCCCACUAGUGUCCCCAAACCUGUGGAAAUGCACAGAAAGGAGGCGAAAGUGUUUAUGAGGAAGCCAGACCCUCAUGAUGAAGCCAUGCUGAUCCUGAAAGACCAGAUGACCUCUCCCCCACAGAGAAAGAAGACUUAUGCCCCUUCGCCUUCGUCUGCUGCAUCAGCCCGUGAGUCUAGAUAUGACGAAGGCCGAACACUAAAGUCGGUGAAAAGGUCCCACCCUCCAAUGCCCGCUGUUAGCCACAGGCACCCGCCCCCAGCCCCAGUGUCCAGAGAGCUGCCAGUGGAGACGGAGACCAUCAAGACCCAGCUGCACAAACGGAGCAGUGAAGAACACUACACCUACACCAAUGUGCCCUGGAAGAUUUACCUCAGGAAAGAGGUUUUCUACCCCAAAGACAGCUUUAAUCACCCCUUGAUGCUGGAUCUCCUUUUCAAACAGAUUGUCCAUGACACAUUCUCUGAGGCUUGCAUCCGUAUCACUAUAGAAGAGAGACAGAAUAUGAAAUCCCUCUUUGACGAGAACAACAUUACUUUAGACUCGGCAGGCCCAGAUGAUAACGUGAAGAAAAAGAUUGUGACGGCAGCUAGAGAUUGGUGGGAGAUAUACUUCUCAAGGCUCUUUCCAGCUUCUGGCAGCGUGGGCACUGGAGUUCAGGUCCUAUCCGUGUCACACAAAGGCAUUAAACUCCUGAAGAUGGUCCGAAGCAGCGCUGCAGCUCCUGAUUACUUCCGAGUCCUGCGUCCUUACAGUUACACCGAUAUCAUGUUUGUCACCAUUCCGUCUAAGAACAUGCUGGAGUUCAACCUGACCAAUGAGAAACUCAUCCUGUUCUCCGCCAAAGCUCCGCAGGUCAAGACCAUGAUUGACCACUUCAUCACAGAGCUGAAGAAGGAUUCGCAGUAUGUAGUUGCGGUGAAAAAUUACAUUACGGAUGACAGAACGCUACUGAAUUUCCAUAAGGGAGACAUUAUCCGUCUGCAGACGAUGGAGGGCCUGGAGGAAGGCCAGUGCUAUGGGUGCAUAGUGAAAAAGAAGGUGAUGCUCCUGGAGGAGUUAAAGAGAGACACCACUGACUUUGGUUGGAAGUUUGGUGCGGUCCACGGCCGUGCGGGAGUCUUCCCCGUGGAGUUUGUGCAGCCGGUGGCGGCGCCGGACUUCAUCCACCUCCCUGUGGACAGGAAAGAGGAGCCCAAGAACAAGCAGGGGCGUGUGGCGGCGUCCGCCACAGUGGCCGUUGCCGUAGGCUCCUCCGCUGCAGCCCACGAGCUGGACCGCUCUAUAGAGGUGGCUGCACCAUCAAGUGAGCACACUGAGACCUACCCUGGCUACAGUAGCAUGGAUGUUGAUGAGAGGAUACUGCAUGACAGCCAAUACAACAUGGUGGAGUUUGCGAAGAAGUACUUCCGAGAGGCGCAGAGAGGCGGCAGUGACUCCUACAAACAGAGAACGAAAAAAGGAAAAGAGCCAAGGGAACCUGUUGAGAUGGUGAAAUUCUCCAAGUCUCCCAUCCAGGAAUCUUUAAUCGAUUUUACAGACGAAAAUAUGAAUAAAGUGGCGGCUGACAUGUUCCUGGCAAUUAUGAAGUUUAUGGGGGACUAUCCAAUGAAGGGGCAAACCGAACAGGAGGUCGUCAGCACUAUUCUUAAGCUAAGUGGAGAGUUUGGACUGAUGCGGGAUGAAGCUUACUGCCAGGUCCUGAAGCAGAUCACGGGGAACACCAGCUCCAAAACGGACAGCUGCCAGAGGGGCUGGAGGCUCCUGUACAUCCUCACGGCCUACUACCGCUGCUCCGAGGUGCUCAAGCCCUGCCUGCUCAAGUACCUGAUGGACGUGCACGCUAAUCAGGGCAUACACUACCAAGGGAUCGCUAAUGCAUGUGAGCAGAAUCUGAGGAAGACUUUCCAGUAUGGUGGACGCAUUGAGCCUCCAAAUGGCAUGGAACUGAAGGCUAUGUUGGCUGGAAGGAGCUCUAAGAGGCAGCUGUUUCUAUUACCUGGCGGAAUCGAGCGACACCUGAAAAUAAAGACUUGUUCAGUUGCUUUGGAUGCCAUUGAAGAGCUAUGCUAUGAGAUAGGUCUGAACAAGCUUGAGGCCAUGGAUGAAUAUGCCAUAUUCGUGGUGGUCAACAGAGGCCAGAAUGUUCGCCCUCUGAACAAGCGCGAGUACAUUCUGGACAUCACCACCGAAGCCGAGCCUAUCGACAGCAACUACAGCCUCUGGUUCAGGAGGGUGAUCUGGACCCAGCCACUCAAGUUUGACAACGAACUUAGCGUUUCCAUGCAUUACAAUCAGAUAUACCCGGACUACUUGAAAGGCCUGCUCAACGUUGUGCCACAAGGGAGACUCAGUGACCAGCAGCUUCAGCAAGUGGCUAAACUGGCCGCCCUUCAGCAUCGGGCCAAGGAGUCGGCCUACCUCCCCACUGUCCAUGAGGUCCAGGACUACGUCCCCCAGCAGCUGUACACAGAGCAGCGGCCCCAGCAGUGGCUCAACCUCAUCACCCAGCACAUGCAGCAGGUCCAGCCACUGAGCCCGCACCAGGCCCGGGCCCAGUUCCUCGGUCUGGUGAGUGCAUUCCCGAUGUUCGGCUCCUCGUUCUUCUACAUCCAGAGCAGCAGCAACAGCGCUAUAGAUACUCCCUGCAUCCUGGCGGUCAAUGAAAAUGGCCUCAACUUUGUCAACAAGGACACUCACGAGAUCCUGGUGAAGUUCUCGCUGAAGGAGGUGCAGUCCACUCGUACACAGAGGCCCACAGCUGGCUCCAGUUACCCAUACGUGGAGAUUAAGUUGGGGGACCUGAUGUCUCAGAGGAUCACUCAACUGCAGCUGGACCAGAGCCUGGAGCUGUGUCGAGUCAUCGCCAUGCAUAUGGAGAACCUGCUGUCCGUGCGGGAGAAGCGACUGACCCUUCCCCCAAGCGAGAUCACGCUCCUGUGAUGCAGCCCUCACACGUUACGCCCGUCCGUGUCACACCACGACACGACACACUGUGGGACUCAUCGACCUGACGAGGAAAACCUGUGAGAUUCGAGGGGAUCUCCCAAGGUGUAACUAACCAGACAGGGAGUAAGGUCCAAACAGUCACUCUAUCACUGUACCAUAGGCUUAUUUAACUGGUAACACACUUGCUAUACAGGUUAAAAAAAGCAAUCCCAAUCCCUAUAAUGCAAGUUGAUUUGGGUAAAAGUGUCCAGUAAAUGAAAAAAAGAACCAGAUUUCAUCUAGUUCUGAAUCGGGCCAGCUGUGGUCUGGGUGGCUGACUGUAAGUCAAUCCAGGAACUUAGCAGGACAAUCCCAUUUUUGCCUCAAUCAACCAACCCAUUGGUCUGACUCUCAACCCACCUUAAACUGUAAAUGUUUAUAAAUGUUGAACAACAACUGUGUCUACCUCCAAUCAAACAUAUAUUGGAUACGUUGUGAUAAGUGUAAAUACAUAAUACCUGAUUUCUAUGUUCCUAUGUACUGUACUACUCCACAAAAUCUAUGUUGUAACAGUAGGCUACCAGAAUGCCAUAUUUUAGUGUUUUCAUUGUAAAUGUGCAUAGUAGUCUAUACCUACACAAGGAUUUAGGUAUUUGCACUAUGUUUGGAUGUUUAUGUACAAAAUUAUAUUAUUGUCAUUUUAUGUGAUCAAGAGAAUCGAUACCUUUAUCAACAAAUAUAAAUGCAUUCAAAAAUGCUA